CUUCGUUAUGUCAACAAGCGAUAAUUUCGAAAUAUUCAGUAGAAUACAGCCUCAUGAAUACUUAAAACGUUUCUUGGGUCAAAAAGUGCGUCCAGAUGGAAGACUAUUAAAUGAAUUUCGAAAGACAAUGAUUACCUCAGGUGCUGUUUCUACAGCCAAUGCAAGUGCUAUGGUGCGUUUAGGUGGUACUACUGUUGUAUGUGGUAUUAAGGCUGAAGUGUGUGAACCCAAAUUAGAUACAAACCAAGGCUAUUUAGUACCCAAUGUUGAAUUAUCACCUUUAUGUUCACCUAAAUUUAAGCCGGGACCUCCUCCCGAAAAAGCACAGGCUGUUUCCGAGUUUAUCAAUCAAUUGUUUAUAAAAUCCGAGAUCUUUCCUUUAGAGAAAUUAUGUAUUGAAGAAGGAAAAGCUGUUUGGGUAUUAUAUGCUGAUAUUGUAUGUCUGAAUUAUGAUGGCAAUAUUUUAGAUGCCAGUUUAUUAGCAUUGAUGACUGCAUUAAAAGACUUAAAAUUACCUAAAGCAACCGUGUCUCCUUCUAUGGUAGUUGAAGCUGAUCCUACACAACUUGCAGAACCCAUUCAACUCUCACGACAUUUAGUUGCAUCUACCUUUAGUGUGUUUAAUAACCCAGAUGUGAUCUUGUCUGAUGCGAAUGAUACUGAAGAAAGCUUAGCUAGAGAAACAGUUACGAUUGUGAUGGAUUUAGAUUACAACCUUUGCCGAGUCUAUAAGAAUGGUGGAAUGACAGUAACUGCAGAAGGUUUAAAACAAUGCAUUGAUAAUGCAAAGCAACGUACCAAUCAAGUCAAGUUAUUAAUAGAAGCUAUUUGAAUAAAGAAAGUAUGUAUUAUUAUUAUAUAUAUAUAUAUAUGUAUGUGUGUGUGUGUGAGAGAAAGAGACAGAGAAAAUGGAACCCCUUAUUUGGUAUGUUGACCGCGGCGCA